GUUGAUCAGUCAUCUUCAUGCAUCUCACAUGAGUAUUUACCCCUCAUUAGCUGCACCCUCCCAAUACUUAGUGAAGGUAGUACUGAGUUGAACACCAACACAAACAACAACAAUAAUUACACCUCUUCCUUCUAUUUCUCUUCAUCAUUGUCUUUCUAUGAUACAAACGUCAAAAUGCCCCCUCUGAUCGUCGACAUCCACACUCAUGUCUACCCUCCUUCUUAUAUGCAUAUGCUUCGCGCGCGCAAGACAGUCCCCUAUGUCCACGACCCAGCCAACAAUGCAACCCCUCGUCUCAUCAUCCUUUCAUCCGAUGAUGACCCGUCAAUCCCCGUCGAUCAGCGUGGUCGCCCCGUGGAUUCGUCCUAUUCAGAUAUCAACGUGAAAUUGGCCUUUAUGCGACGCCAUGGAAUCAACUGCAGCGUGAUUUCUUUGGCCAAUCCGUGGCUGGACUUCCUCGAGCCGGACGAAGCCCAGACAUGGGCAGAGCGCAUCAAUGACGACCUGGAGACAACUUGUGCGCGGGUGAACAACGAUGCAGACCCCGACAGAACAAAGGCACUCCAUGAAAAGGAAACGCUGUUUGCUUUCGGGGCACUUCCGCUCAGCGCCCCGAGCCCUGAUAUUGUUGUAAACGAAAUCAGAAGGCUCAAGACAUUGCCCCAUCUCCGGGGGGUGAUCAUGGGAACAACAGGUCUAGGCAAGGGGCUAGACGAUAGUAGACUGGAUCCGGUCUGGGAGGCCCUACAAGAUACGGAGUCCAUGUUGUUCCUGCACCCCCACUAUGGGCUACCGGAUGAAGCCUUUGGUGGACCCGAAGUAACGAAUCGCUAUGGUCAUGUUCUUCCCCUAGCUCUAGGGUUUCCUCUUGAGACAACCAUUGCGGUGACGAGGAUGCUUUUGGCGGGGGUCUUUGAUUGCUUCCCACGGUUGAAGAUCCUCCUAGCUCAUUCCGGAGGUACCCUUCCCUUCCUUGCUGGUCGGAUCGAGAGCUGUAUCCUUCAUGAACGCAAAUUCAUCGCCAACGGAGGUGAUGUUCCCGGUCCGCAACGCAGUGUGUGGGAUGUUCUGAGCACCAAUAUCUAUCUGGACGCUGUGGUGUAUGGCACUGCUGGGUUGAAAGCAGCUGUGGCAGCAGCAGGAGGUAGUGAUCGUCUUCUCUUCGGAACUGAUCAUCCGUUCUUCCCUCCUUUGGGUGAGGAUGACGAAGAAUGGCCGAGUGUGACAACUAAUUACAAAGCGAUCCAUACUGCAUUCGAAUCAGAAGGAGAUACUGCUGCAGGGGUCUUGGGGGGCAACGCGGCUCGCAUACUGGAUUUGAAAUAGACAUGAACUAUAUAAUAAUAGCAAUGCUGCAUGGCAUG